CCCAGAGGGCCUAGCCCCCCCCUGCCAGGGCAGGGCAGAGCGCUGGGACCCCCCCCAGGAGGGGCAGAGCGGCACCGCUGCCUCUAGGCCCCGCUUCCCCCCACAGCCCACCCCCCCCACCCCGGGGGAAUGGGGCCCUCAACCCCAGGGCGGGGUGGGGACAGGGGAGGCCGCAGGAUGUGGGCGUCUGGGGGGGGGGAAGGGGCCCCCAGCGCUUGGUGGGGGUUCCCUCAGCACAGGACCCCCGCCCUCGUGGAUGCCACCGUGAGGCUGUGGGGGUCAGGAUGUGCCCCCCCAGGAGGGGUCACAGCGUGGUGGCACAUCUGGGUCACCUCGGUCCUCGUGCCCAGUGCUGGGGUGUGACACGGGGACAGGGUCUGACAGGAGGAUGGGGUCUGGUAGGGGGUCAGGGGGUGACAUGGAGCCAGGGUGUGACACGGGGUCGGGGUGUGAUACGGGGUUGGGGUGUAACACUGCGCUGUCCCCCCACCCCGCGCAUCUCCCCGUGCUGCAGCAGGAAGCCGUGGCGUCACGGAGAGCUGGUGUAGGCGACACGCAGUCCAGGCACCGUGGGGACAGCGGCGAGGACAGCCCGGGGAUGGGGACCUCGUGGGGAUGGAGGAGCCGUGGGGAUGGCCGGGCUGGCACCUGCGUGGGGGUGUGGAGGUUUGGGGUCCUCAUCCCCCUCCUCAGCGCAGGGGCCCUGCGGGUGAGCCAGGAGCCGGCCGAGCUGCGGGUGGCAGCGGGCACCGACGUGUCCCUGCGGUGCCAGCUGGAGCUGGCAGAGCCAUGGUCCCAGGUCCGCGUCUCGUGGCUGAGGGAUGGGGGGCACGAGGAGCUGUGUGACACCCGCCUGCGUCCUGAAGCCGCCGCCGAGCCCUGUGCCACCCCCCGCCUCCACCUCACGUGGAGCCCACCCCACGCCAACCUCAGCCUCCGUGGGGUGCGGGAGGGCGAUGCGGGGUGCUACGUCUGCCACGUCAUCGUCGAGAUCCCCCCCCUCACCACGGCCACCGGGAACGGCACGCUGCUCCGCGUUGGCGCAGGAGCCGACGUUUGGCAUGGGGCAGGUACGUGUGUCACCGCUGCCUCUCGUGCCCCCCCCGGCUCUGGUGGCAGCGAGGCGGUGCCCCAGCUCGCUCUGUUUGCAGACCUGAUGUGGAAGCUGGGGGGGGGUGUGGGGGGCACCCUGCUCCUCCUUGUGCUCAUCUCCCUCGGCUGCUGGCGCUGCAGGAGGAGGGCAGACACCUCGGACAUCUACGUGAACAUCAUAAGCCGCAGGACCCCGAGGAGCAAGAGCGCCCAGGGAGCAGCUGCUGGAGGACAGAUUGUACAAGGGGGGCUGGACCGAGUGUGGACGCCCCCCAGCCCUAAGGGGUGAUCCCCCCCAUGCCCCAGAGCCCCCGUUAUCGGUGGGGGGAGCGUGCGGGUGACGUGCUCUGCUCUGGCUUUGCACAGGAAGAGCCCCCCAGCAGGGUUAGAGCAUCCUGCCACUGCGCUUCCUGUCUUCUUGCGGCGCCUUCCUGCCCCCCAGCACCCACCCUGGGGGCAGCCAGUGCCCCCAAGGACCCACAACGCAGACCCUGAGCAUGGGCAGCCCCGGGGCUGGGUGGGCACUGCACGGCCCCACAACCCCCCCCUGUUACAGGGAAGCCGCCGUGCAGUCCCGUGUCCUCGUUUCUGUUUGCACGCAGUGGCUGCAUCUCCUGCAGCAGAAGGGCUCAGCCCGCUCCUGGCACAGCCCCACUGCGGGGGCACUGCCUUCAACCCCAGUGCAGAGCAGGGGGCAAUGGGGACCAAGGG